AUGACUAUACUGACGAAGGUAUUGCACUUGCCUGAGCAGUUCCCCUUGAUCCGGGGCAUGGUGUCGUAUGCCAUCAUCUGGCCCACCUGCAGCAUCACCCAGGAGUACUUGGAACACGGAACUAGUGUUGAAAACGCCAACUGGGCGCGCGCUGCUCGCUUCGGAUUCUUUGGGGCUUUCUGCAUGGCACCGGUCUUCUACGGAUGGAUGAAAUACUCAAGCCGUUUCAUCAAACGCAAUAGCCUCCUAUCUGCCGUAACCAGGGCAGCUAUAGAACAGCUAACAUACGCUCCAUUAGCCAUGGCAUAUUUCUUCUUCGGAAUGAGUCUUCUUGAAAUGAAACCUAUUGACGCUUGCAUGCAAGAAGUGAGGGAGAAAUUAUGGCCGACGUGGAAAAUAGGGGUUGUGUUUUGGCCGGUAGUACAGACUCUGAACUUUUACUUCAUAUCGGAGAAAAAUAGGAUUGUAUUUGUGAGUGUGGCGAGUUUUAUUUGGACGGUGUAUUUGGCACACAUGAAGUCCAGUGAUAAAAAUAACCAAAUCAAAUCUAACCCAAAAGCCAUAUCGGCUUCGCCUGCUAAAUGA